AUGAAAACCUCCCUCAGUGAACGGCCAGAAAUCAACUGCACUUCAAACAAUAACAUUGUUAUCAAUGUGUUUAACCACCUUGAGGAGCCAUUUCUUUUCACCUGGAAUGGGAUUCAACAGAGGAAGAAUUCUUGGCAAGAAGGAACUCUGGGCACGACUUGUCCUAUCCAGCCCGGUAAAAAUUUUACAUACCAUUUCCAGGUGAAAGAUCAGAUUGGUAGCUAUUUUUACUACCCCAGCACCUCGAUACACCGUGGUGCAGGUGGCUAUGGAAUGCUCAAGGUCCAUAGUCGGGAUCUUAUCCCCGUGCCAUUUGAUAGGCCAGAGGCUGAAUAUGCUGUUUUGGCCGGUGAUUGGUACAGAAAGGACCAAGCUACCUUAAAGAGGUUGUUAGACAGUGGACGGACUCUUGGUACGCCUGAUGGUGUUAUCAUCAAUGGUAAACAAGGCAAAGGAGAUGGUACAGAUGAACCUAUGUUCACCAUGAUCCCUGGAAAGACUUACAGAUAUAGAGUCUGUAAUGUGGGGAUGAAAAACUCCAUCAAUGUCAGAAUCCAAGGCCACACAUUGAAACUGGUAGAGAUUGAGGGAUCCCACACUGUUCAGAAUGUGUAUGAUUCCCUUGAUGUGCAUUUGGGGCAGUGUUUCUCAUUCCUGGUGACUGCUAAUCAAGAACCAAAGGACUAUUAUUUUGUGGUUUCCACACGGUUCACCAAAACCGUCCUCAGCACCACUGCCACCAUCCGAUACAAAGGUGGAAAGGGCCCGGCUUCGUCAGCAUUGCCUGAGGCACCGGUCGGGUGGGCCUGGUCCCUCAAUCAGUUCCGUUCCUUCCGCUGGAACCUGACAGCCAGUGCAGCCAGGCCUAAUCCUCAGGGCUCCUACCACUAUGGCCAGAUCAACAUUACGCGCACAAUCAAGUUGGUGAAUUCAGUUGGCACUGCUGAUGGAAAGCUCCGGUAUGCUGUCAAUGGUGUAUCGCACAAAGAUCCGGAAACUCCACUGAAGCUGGCUGAAUACUUUGGGGUUGCAGACAAAGUGUUCAAAUAUGACAUUAUUGAGGAUGAACCACCUGCAAAAACAAGUGAUAAGAUAACAGUUUCACCCAUUGUGCUCAACGCCACUUUCCGCAACUUUGUUGAGAUCAUAUUCGAGAAUCAUGAGAAGAGUGUCCAAUCAUGGCAUUUGGCUGGAUAUUCCUUCUUCGCUGUAGCGAUUGAACCAGGAAGAUGGACACCAGAUAAGAGGAGGAAUUACAAUCUUUUGGAUGCAAUAAGUAGGAACACAAUCCAAGUAUAUCCCAAGAGCUGGGCAGCCAUUAUGACUACACUGGACAAUGCUGGAAUGUGGAGCUUAAGAGCACUGACUCUCGAGAGGCAGUAUCUGGGACAGCAGCUAUAUAUCAGCGUACUCUCACCGGAGCACUCUCUACGCGAUGAAUACAACAUUCCUGACAAUACUCCGCUGUGUGGAAUUGUCAAGGGUUUGCCUAUGCCAAAACCCUACAGCGCGUGA